AUGUCUCACGAUCAGGCCCCCCAGAUCUGGACGCGAGCGAUCAGUCAGUAUGGACAGAUUACGGAGAAGGCCCUGGACCUGGCGUCACUGCGGGAAUUAUGGACGGUGGGAGACCUCCUAGGAACCAUCGAAACGGAGAAUAAGUCCUUCCUCAGAGGAUGUUUAUAUGGGUAG